AUGCUCCUUUGCGCCCCUGCUGUAUUCAUCUUGAGCCUUGCGCUCCAGGGUCACGGAAAACCACUCAGUCCUCCCCCUAGGAUCAUAUUCGCACGAUCGGUCACGACUGCUACGUCGUUAUUAGAGUCUCCCUCUAUCUCAGGGGACAUAUUUGCUCUUCAUGGUCACAACCUCAUCGCCAAUCACCUCGAUGAGCAAGGCAUGCCUCCAGGCGACCUUCCAGCUGCUCAAAGCCUGGUUUUAGACGCGUUUGCCUCUAACACAUCAGCCGCAAACCUGACGGACCCAGUGGGUAUCCUUGGAGCUGGUGCGAGCGGUUUAUAUACUGCCCUCAUCCUCCUCGACCUCGGCAUUCCCUUUAAGAUCAUCGAAGCUCGCGAGCGCGUCGGCGGCCGUCUCUUCACCUACACCUUCCCGAAUUCAACAGGCGCCCCAUACAACUACUUCGACGUCGGCGCCAUGCGAUUCCCCAAUACUUCUUCCAUGACGCGCGCGUUCCAGCUCUUCGAUUACGCUCCGCUCAACGAGAAUGGGCUGAACCUAUCAAGCAAGCUCCGGCCAUACAUCUUCAAGAGCGAGCACUCGCUACUGAGCUACAACGAUGUGACGGUCGCUCAGGACGACGUACAAGCACUGGCACAGGACCCGUUCCACACGAACGCCGUCAUACGGGACAAGAACUCCUCCGCGUACCUUUCCGUCGGAGCUGACACCAUCGUGAACGACGUGCUCAAGCCCUUCGCCAUCGGCCUCCUGUCCGACGCUCAAAACCAUACUACGACGGGAUGGGACCACAUGAAGAAGUACGACAAGUACUCUGCGCGGUCGUACAUGGCCACCGAGUACCGACCCAGCAAGAGCCUCGGUUUGCCGGACAAGCCUUUGCCGCUUGAUGUGAUUGCGUGGUGCGAGACGUUCGAGGACUCGAGUGGGGCGUAUGACAGGGCGUUGAGCGAGAUCGUGCUCGAUAGCAUUGAUUUCGGGUGGUCGGAGAACCCCAGGAAGAGCGCGAAGUGGUACCUCAUCGACGGUGGCGCGUACGAGAUCGCGGAUACGAUGGCUCAGUACAUCAAAUCGCAGCAGCCCGAUGCCUUCUCACUCAAUACCUUUGUCACGGCUGUCUCCUCCGACAAGAAUGGGACCAAGGCCAUCGGCGUCAACGUCACGACGGAUUACAACUCUACCCAGCGUUUCUCGCACGUAGUCUCGACUAUCCCCCUUCCCGUCAUGCGCACGCUCGACCUCACCGAUGCCGGCUUAUCACCAAUCCAACUCAACGCGCUCCGGGAGCUCGAGUACGGACCUGCCGUGAAGAUUGGCAUGCAGUUCGCUAGCGCGUGGUGGACGAAUGGUACGACCAACUCUGGACGCAAGCUCGACAUUGUCGGAGGACAGACGUAUACGGACUCGCUGUUGCGCACGGUCGUGUACCCUUCAUAUGGCGACCCAUACAGUGGCAACACCACCACGCUGAUCGCGAGCUACUCGUGGACGGCGGACGCGGAUCGACUCGCGUCGCUCGUAGCAGGCGAUCAGAGCAGAUUGAAAGCUGUUGUUUUGAGAGAGUUGGCGAGGAUUCACGACGUAGACGAGGCGUUUCUACGUGAACAGCUCAUCGAUACAUUUGCAUGGAGCUGGUCUCUGGACCCCUACACUGGUGGCGCAUUCGCCUUCUUCGGACCUGGCCAGUUCGAGGAUCUCUAUACCUCACUCACCAAGCCCGCAGCAGGAGGCCAUCUUCACUUCGCAGGCGAGGCGCUCAGCACGCGCCACGCAUGGAUCGAGGGCUCGUUUGAUAGCGCGUGGCGCGCUGUCCUCUCGAUCCUGGUGCAGCAGAAGGGGCUCAAGCACUUGAUCCCGAAGUUCUUCGAUAACUGGGGGUCGAACGAGGAGUGGGUAAGGACUGUCAAGAAGGGUGAUGGGACGGAGGAAAAGAUGGACGUGGAAGCUAUGUUGAGGGACAGUCUCUUUGUGAAGCAUCUGGUGGCGGUGUAG